UUCAAUAUAACUUCACUUAUUGCUGUACUUUUAAAAUGGUAAACCCUCUCCCACAUGGGUCGGUGUGUGUGGGCAUCAUCAGCCGGUGCUUUUGUAAGUCAAAGGUCUGAGUCUGGUUCUCUGACGGCAAGCAAAGUCCUUGAUCUUGUGCAGGGUGCUGACAGCUUGAGACCAUUUGAGACAGGAUUAGCUAAUAUUAUCCUGUCCUGAAUUAGCCUACAUCUAUGUAGCUGUAGUGCAGUAGAGUUACCACCAACAGGAACAAUGGAAAGAAAAUGCCAGUUCAUCAUCAUCAUUUUUUCAUGUGUAAAACAUUGGUAGCUGUCAAAUCUCAGGUUCUGUCCUCAGGUGACAGUAUUUCUUGGUAAAGCAGUGAUUUUUUUUUCGUCAUGACAGACAGAGGCAACCACAACAUAGCGCUAGUAAAGCCAGACACCAACAAACAGAUUGGAGUAUGACUCAAAAAGUUUCAGAAGUGAAUUCUACUGCUCAGAAAACUUCAUCAGGUCGUUCGUCAGUUUGAUGCUUUGAACGCUUCUUAAUCCCAACAUAUAUAACAUUGAUAAUAUAAUAUAAAAAAAACAAACAUGAACAUGAUGUUAGAGAAACCAGCUCUUGUAUUGUUUUCACUGAGUGCGUCUUCAGUCAGUAAAUGUAAAGUCAUUAAUGAAUAUUCUCCAUCUCACGUACAUGUAGCUAAUAUUUUUAGUGUCUAUACAUCUCAGUUUAAGCAUGUGUAAACUAAUAUAUAUAUAAAUACAAUUUGACUAGACGUCUGCAUUGUUUCAAAGUCGUCGUUAUUCAUGGCUCACUGUCAAGCCCCACACUGCAGUGAUGUUAGGAGUUGAGCGAUGAGAAUGGUCUUUAGCUUUUACUCCAUCUUAUGCUUAGCCAACAAGCCUUUGUACCACUGAACACCAUGAACAAAUAUAGUGGGCUACAAAGCCUCUUAGGACAGAGCCCUCUUAUGAUUCCCUUUACGUGCACAGCAUCCUUGAAUAGGCCACACAAAGAUCCUUAAGCCAAAGUCCCUCCCUGGUAUUUAAUUCUAAAUGAGUAAUUACUGGGUGUGUCAGAGUGUCUUAGGUUUGCAGGUAGUUUGGUUGAAGGAGCUCAUUUGUACGCUGGCGUUUAAUGAAAUUGCUCUCUCACUCAGACAACAAAUUCUGAAAGACGCUGGACCAGUUUUAGUGGGGAAUCCCCAGGGAGCCGCUGAAGAUUCUAGUUAUUUAGGGGGACACACAACUUACAGCCACCAAGAUGUGUGACAUGGGGGGACUAGAUAACCUGGUGGCCAAUACGGCCUACCUAAAAGCCCAGGGUGGCGAUGACAAGGAGAUGAAAAAGCGGCGCCGCAGCUUGUCUCUCCCCAAGUCUGAGCAAUGUACAUCAGUACGAUCUUCCAUUGACAAGGACUUCACAUCACUUUGUGAAAGGCAGCCUAUUGGCAAGAAGUUUUUCCGUCAAUUUCUGGCAAAUCAUCCCUCUUUCAAACUCGCUGCUGAUUUUCUGGAUGAGCUGAAUGACUGGGAUCUGGCUGAAGGUGCAGUGAAAGACAAGGCACGGCAAGAAAUCAUCAAGAAGUACUGCAAGGCUGAAUCCAAGUCUUUCCUGUCAUUUCUUACCGGGGAACCUGCUGACAAAUGCAAGUCUGUGACAGAUGCCAACUUUGAUGAGGUGAUGAAAAGCAAAGUCCAGGACGGUGUCAGGGAAUAUUUGAUGGCCCAGCCCUUCACCGAUUAUCAAGCCAGCCCUUUCUUUGAUAAAUUCCUCCAGUGGAAAGAGUAUGAGAAACAGACCAUCAGUGACAAAUACUUCUAUGAGUUCAGGACUCUGGGAAAAGGAGGAUUUGGAGAGGUAUGUGCUGUACAGGUGAAGAACACAGGACAGAUGUAUGCCUGUAAGAAGUUGUGUAAAAAGCGUCUGAAGAAGAAGGGCGGCGAGAAGAUGGCCCUGCUAGAGAAGCAGAUCCUAGAGAAGGUUAACAGCCUGUUCCUGGUCAACUUGGCCUACGCUUAUGACAGCAAGACCCAUUUGUGCCUUGUCAUGACCCUGAUGAAUGGAGGAGACCUCAAGUAUCACAUUUACCACAUAGGCUAUGAUGGAAAGGGAGUUGACAAGGGCAUUGAGAUGAAGCGCAUCAUCCACUACACGGCACAGAUCACCACAGGUAUUCUGCAUCUGCAUGCCAUGGAUAUCAUAUACCGUGAUAUGAAACCAGAGAACGUGUUGCUGGACAACCAAGGCCAGUGCCGACUCUCAGAUUUGGGUCUGGCCAUAGAGAUUCCUCCAGGGAAGACUGUCCACCAGAUGGCGGGCACUGGAGCGUACAUGGCUCCUGAGCUUCUGACCAAAACUGAAUACAGGACAUCGGUGGACUGGUGGGCGCUGGGCUGCAGUAUCUAUGAGAUGGUGGCUGGAUACACACCUUUCAAAGGCCCUGAUGCUAAGAAGGACAAGGUGGAGAAGGAGGAGGUGCAGCGACGCAUCCAAAACGAAGAGCCCAAGUUUGAGCACAAGUGCUUUGAUGCCAACACCAAGGACAUCAUCCAACAGUUUCUGAAGAAGAAGAUGGAUGAGCGCCUGGGCAUGAAGAACAACAUGGAGGAUCCCAGGAAACACCCCUGGUUCAAGAGCAUCAACUUCCCUCGUCUGGAGGCCGGGCUGGUGCCUCCUCCCUGGGUUCCUAAGCCCAACGUGGUCUACGCCAAGGACACUGGCGACAUCGCUGAGUUCUCAGACGUUAAGGGCAUCGUGUUUGACUCCAAGGAUGAGAAGUUCUUCAAGGAGUUCAGCACAGGCGCUGUGGCCAUUCAGUGGCAGCAGGAAAUGAUCGAGACUGGACUGUUUGAUGAGCUCAACGAUCCCAACAGAAAAGAGGGCGGAGGAGACAGUGAUGACGGAAAGAAGUCCGGCACAUGUAUAUUGCUGUGAGCCGUGUUUGAUAUCACAUUCUAGUAAUAACUGUCAGUUAUUUGUUUGCUUUCUCAGGGCAGGGGCACGUCAGUGUUGAUGUGAAAGACGGAUCAUGUUUCAUGAAACAGGUGAGCGUGAGCAUUCAGUCCUGUCUGGAAAUGAUGCUCACGGUUUAUAGAUCUCCAGUUUAUGUUCAGUGAGUGAGAAUGAGGAAAAUGAGAUGGUGUAUUUUGAACCUCAUCUGUUUGGUUCACAACAUUUCUUGCAGAUGUACAUAUCUAAUGAUGUAGACUUCGUAACUACGAGGAGUAAAUUGACACCCUUUUUGUAAAGGAUGAUAGUGUUGUGUGCAAAGUAAGUCAUGAAGAAACUGUGAAUUCAAAUGCGAUGCUGUUGCAUUCAGAAUUAAACUUUGAACAAAUUUAAGCAACCAAAUCUUCUGACCAUGAGACUGUGCAUUUUACUGUGUAAAACUUUGUACUAUGUUAAAUUAAAAGGUGUUUUGUAGCUCUCAUACUGAUGCCAUCAGAAGGCCCCUCUGUUUAACAUAAAAGUGCUUUUUAAACACACAUGGCAGAAAGAAAGAGUUAUAGUGAUCUUAAACCUCAUUAAAUUAAAUCUGAUCGUUGCAUUUAUA